AUGUCUCAUAACAAUCGUAAUAAAUAUGAGAAAGCGCGAAGACGAUUAGCCGCGGUUACUUUUCUAUCUAAUAUUUCCCUUGAUGGCUCAUUCAAGGAUACUGAGCUUUGCCAAAUUUUAGACAUAAAAUAUAACAGUGAUAAGUGUGACGGCUCAAAACUAAAAAAUAUUCCAAAUCAUUAUGAAAAAGAUACAACGCGCAGCAAAAACCGCAAUGCGAAAAUGCCGCAGUGUAGUCCAGCACACAAUAACGAUAAUCAUUCUAUAACUUCUGAUCCUGAAUACGCUCAUGUAACACCUAUAAAAGUAGUUAGUAAUAAUCUAAUAAGAGAAAGGUGUUCUUCUGGAAACACAGACCUAUUUAAAGACAGACACCUAUCGCUUAGAGGACGAAAAACAUGCACACAAGAUGAGAAAAGUAGCUUAGAAAGUUUAACCUUUGGUCGUCUUAGAACCAGUAGUACUUGUAUUCCAGAAAACCAAACAUAUAUUAAGGAACUGAAGUUGAUGAAAGGGACCAAAGGAGUGACUUUCAAAGAUGAAAGACUUGUAUUUGCACCAGCUCAAGGAGUGCCAUGUGCUUUAUUCAGUACUAUACCAUAUUCUAAAACUGCUAGAUCUGCAAGGUCUGACUUGAGGAAAGAUGGAGUGAGAAGGAGGAAUACAUCAGGCCCUAGACCACUUUCUGCAAUUACAGAUAAUGGUGUUGAUCCAUUUGACUUACUUGGAUUGGAAAGAGAGGAACAUGGUCAAGAUAUCUCAUACUCAAAGUUGUUGGUACCCUCUCGAGUCUGUACACGAGAACAGUAUAGGAAGAUGUGUGAAGCAGAUUUUACAGAUAAGGCCUCUUGGAAAGUAAUAAAUAGACAUCCACAUGUCAUUGCCAGGACUAAGUUAUUGACGAGACACAAGGAUAAAAAAUGGUGCUUCUCAUAUGAAUCUGCUCAACGUAGUACAAUUGCAUCGUCACCGCCUCAUUCCUCCAUUGAAACCAAAACUUUUGACUGGGAUGAAGAAAUAAUAUUGGCACAAAAAUAUAUCCACUACUCCCCAAACGUACUUGAUGAUCCAGAAUUGAUAGCUGGUAAACACAGGACGCUUCUAACAUUUACGUCUUACAUGACGUCAAUUAUUGACUACGUUCGCCCUCAGGACUUGAAAAAAGAACUUAAUGACAAGUUUCGAGAGAAGUUCCCUCAUAUUAAAUUGACACUUAGCAAACUAAGAAGUAUAAAGAAAGAGAUGCGGAAAAUCGCUAAACACGACUGCGGAGGGAUCGAUCUGUUAUCUGUGGCACAGGCAUAUGUUUAUUUCGAAAAAUUAAUUCUUGCCAAUCUUAUUAACAAAGACAACAGGAAGUUAUGCGCGGGCGCCUGCUUAUUACUUUCGGCUAAAUUGAAUGAUGUUAAAGGCGAAAUGCUUAAAGCUCUUAUAGAGCGAAUCGAAACAACGUUCAGACUGAAUAGGAAGGAUCUAAUUAAAUUUGAGUUCGCUGUAUUGGUCGCUUUGGAAUUCGGCCUUCAUGUCCCGCCCCAUGAGGUCUUUCCGCACUACCAAAGACUCCUGCACGAUUCGUGA